AGGAAAGCUUUGCGUUUUUAUCCUGAUUUUUUUGUGUCGUCCGUCUUUCAUGAAGUAGUGGCACUACGAUCUUUGCAGCAAAAGAAAUUGGAGGAAAAGAAGGGCGCGUCAUUGAUUUAAUUUCCGAGAAGGCAAGUUGAAUAUUUUUUUUUCUUUGAAAAUCGGAUUUCGUAUUUUGUUGCCCACUUCUCAUGUCCACUCUCCCGGUGCCCCCCGGGCCCGAUCAGUCCCUCGCCGUAACGCAGGAUGUCGACGACGACGAUUGUAUGGACUUGUUGCAGGGCAGAUGGCAAACCUCGGACCAGGACUUCCUCGUAGUAGAAGCGGAUCAGGUUUGGUUUCUCGGGGAAACAGCAAUAUACGGAAAUUUAAGCGCAGACAAAACGGACGACGGGAGAAUACACGUGAAUUUCAGUACUGAUAAAGACGUUUUUGUUGUGACGCAUCCGAUGGAACAUGAUCAUGUUGUGCAUGAUGCUGAUUUUCUUGUCAUGAGUGUGUCAUGCUCGCUUUUCUUGUUCGCAAGAAGUGGUGUUUUCAAAUCCAAUCCGACAUGACAAAUUAUCAGAUGUCAAGCAAACCGGCGCGGCGUCAGACACCGACGCGGAGAGUUUUGGUGGGACCUUUCAGAUAGACGGCGACAUGACGACAAUCAUAUGGGCAGACGGCGACGUAUUUUGUUGUUUCUACAACUGUACUAUUGGUUUCAACAGUGCCUUGUGUAGUUGCAUUACGCAUGAUGACAGAAUGAGAACCAUUUUUUCAACCCAGGUCUUUUAUGACAAAAAACCCAGUUCUUCUCACAUAAAAAAUCAUCCAGAUCUGGAGAAAGAUGGUGCCCGGCGAGGGACAGAUCUCGCCCUCCAUGUCAAUAAGCAGACAAAAAUCCGAGUCCGUAGCAAUAAGUAGCGCCACGGGGAAAACAAUCGGCAGGCUGAAUUCGGGUUUAUCAUUCGAACUGGACGAAGACGGGCAGGAAAGGAGGUGGACCAAGAACGGGCAGCUGGGCAGUAGCGGAAAUUUAGACCGGGUAGCGGAGUAGCAAGGCGAUGUGCUGAAAACAAAGUAAGAGAAUGACGAAUCUCGUCGACCUCACUAAGCUUUACUCGCCCCGUCUGCGCUUCAGUACAACUCGAUGGAACUUCCAAAACCAAAACGAUUAUUAGAUAUUCAGAGUACUUCUAGACAAAGUUUACCAAGACGAACCAAAGCGAAAAGUGUUGAAGUUUGAAAGAAACAAAGAGCCAGCCUCUUUCGAGUCUAAGUUGGAUAACAGUUUGCUUUUUCAAAUGGGCUUUUCUCAUGAUAAGUAGAAGCAGGAAAUCGUAAAACCACAAGAAAAGAUAGUAUAAUUUUCUUGCAGUAGCGCACUCUAGUUCUUCGGUUGACAGUAAGUAUGCAAAACACGACACUGAGAACAAACAGUAAGAAAGUAGUAACGGAGACCGCUCCAGAAAUACGUACUAGACCUUCAU